ACAGGUCCCUUAAAAGCAGCGGUGUCCUCUUUGUUUACAGCAGAGUGGACGGAGCAGGCGCGUCGUGUCGGAUAUCUCGCAGCAGCAGCAGCAGCAGCAGCAGCAGCAGCAGUAGUCAUGGUGGCUAUGGCGAAGAGAAUGAAAUGCUUUCAAGUCGUAUUUUCGGACCCGAGCAAGACGUUCUACUGCGGCGGGGACAAGGUGUCCGGCCGGGUGGAGGUGGAAGUGAACGAGGUGACGCGGGUGUCCGCGCUGAGGAUCCUGGGUUUGGGCAGCGCCAAGGUGGAGUACGCCAAAGGGAAGCAGCGGUGCCGCCAGGAGGCCGAGUACCUCCGCUAUGAGGAGGUUCUGCUGCUGGACGACCACCCCGCCGACUCCGACGGAUCAGUCGUGUUGAGGCCCGGCAACAAGUACGAGUACCUGUUUGGAUUUGAGCUGCCCCAGCAAGGGCAGCUGGUGUCGUCAUACAAGGGGAAGUUUGGCUUUGUCCAGUACUACGUGAAGGCCCUGCUGGAGAGACCCCAGCAGCCUACGCUCCAGUGUAAGAAAGCCUUCGAGGUGGAGGAGCCCCUGGAUGUCAACACCCCAGACCUUCUGUCUCCGACAGGUGGCAUGAAGGAGAAGAAGGUCACCUGUAUGUUCAUCCCUGAUGGCCAGGUGUCACUGAAUGCCAAAAUCGACCGGCGUGGCUUUUGUGAAGGCGAAGACAUCUGCAUCAACGCCAAGUUUGAGAACACGUGCUCUCGCAUUGUGGUCCCCAAGGCCGCCAUCAUAGCCAAACACACCUACCAGGCCAAUGGCCGCACCAAGGUCUUCCGUCAGAAGCUGUCCUCGGUGCGCGGCAACCACAUCAUCUCCGGCAUGUGUGACGCCUGGCAGGGAAAGACAAUCAGGGUGCCCAAGAUUAAGCCGUCUAUGCUGGGCUGCAACAUCAUCCGUGUGGAGUAUGCGCUCAUGAUUUACAUUCACAUCCCUGGGAGUGAGAAGCUGAUCCUGGAGCUGCCGCUGGUCAUCGGUACUUCCGGUCUGGGCAGCCGCAGCAACAGCGUGAGCAGCCAGGAGGGGUCGGUCAGCAACGCUUCCCAGAGCUGGGUGUCCCUGCGGCUGCCCUCAGAGCCCCCCAGCUACUCCGACGUCAGCCGCGAUUUCCGCCUGGAUCAGCCCCUCACGCCGCUCCUGGACGACUUCGACGGGGACGGAAGCCCCAUCUUCAUGAACGCCCCGGCCUUCCAGUUCCCACCACUCCCAGCAUACACGGAGGCUGAGGAAGACUACCACGGCAACGCACGCAUGCUGCCGGUCUGCUGAAGUCCUGCAGGGACUCGAGAACCCUAGUCUAGCUCUCAGGGACUAUUCAACUUAAGCACUUGAAAAGGAGCCGGAGAUCCAAACUCUAGACGAGAUGUGUUGGAUGGAGAAGUAGAGCCGGGACUGUGUCUGCUCCGUCAGCAGUCUUCACUGCUUUCAUCAGCUAUGCUAAACCCUCUGCCUGGCACCCUUUGGGCCGGGGGGGGCCUGGGGGCCAAACCACAUGGGCUGCGGCACGCUACGUUUCUGAGUACGCUGUCCCUUCCACAGGCUGAAAGCGAUCAGGGUCCCACUUCCCUUCUCAGCCACUUUAUGACUUUGCCUUGGGGGGGGGGGGGGG